AUGGAGCUUCGCCGUCUUCAAUUUGAUCGGCAGAUGCAGGCACAGCUCCAACAACACCAGGAUCGCAUCAAUUUAGAGCGUGAGAUGCAUGAGCACUCAGUGCAAAUGGAACGUACAAGAGCCCUGGUACAAUCUCAAGCGGAAGAACGGAUGCAAAGGGCUCAACAUGAGGCUGAGGAGCGCAACCGACAACUCAUAUUGGAAUGUGUAAAAUUACUGAGCGGUGUGUACCGCAAGGACUAG